UGGUGCUUCAUUGCGUUCACCUGCCCCGCUGUGCUGGCAGGAACAGAGCUCCCAGUUCCUUGGGGACUUUGCUGGCUAGCAGGGUGAGGAGCCAGAUUUCCCUGGGGAGGUGCUAUGGGCAGACAACCCCUUCUCCACGCCUCCAGUCAGGACUGCCCUGGUGCUGAGGUAGGGCCUGGCUGACCCUGCCUCCGGGUCCUGCAGGCUGGGGAAGUUUGCUGUUUUCGUCCAUGCCACGAUGGCCGAGCUGCAGGUGAAGGACCUCAGCCUCAAGCUCCAGGGCAUCCCUGGCCAUGUGUUCCUCCUUCAACUCCUCCCUGGGCAACACGCAAAGCACCAGUUCCUGCUGAGGGCCCGGACCGAAAGUGAGAAGCGGCGAUGGAUCUCAGCCAUGUGCCCCUCCAGCCCGCAGGAGGACAAGGAGGUCAUCAGUGAGGGGGAAGCCUCACUGUCCCUUGGGCUGUCAGACCGCCCCCAGGUUCAGUGUGUCAGGACGUACAAGGCACUGCAGCCAGACGAGCUGACCUUGGAGAAGACAGACAUCCUGGCAGUGAGGACCUGGACCAGUGACGGCUGGCUGGAAGGGGUCCGCCUGGCAGAUGGUGAGAAAGGGUGGGUGCCCCAGGCCUAUGUGGAAGAGAUCAGCAGCCUCAGUGCCCGCCUCCGAAACCUCCGGGAGAAUAAACGGGUCACAAGUGCUACCAGCAAACUGGGGGAGCCCCCUGUGUGAUGGGCAGCCACGGCCUGGGACACCAGCUCCAUGCCUAGACUCCGGACAGGUCUGCGAUGACUCCAUGCCCCAAGCCGCUGCUGGGACUUCUGUUUUGUGGCCUGCCAUUGAGAAUAAGCCUUUACUCAUGCUCCUCAAUGUCCACAUUCCAGGACAGAGGCCAGUUUCUUCCUCUGGCAUGGGGGCCACAGCAGGUGACCUCUGAUACCUGGAAAGGACUGGGGCCCACUCCCUCCACGCUGCCUGAGUCUUGGUCCCUCUGGCAGGGGCCUGGCUGGGAACAGCUCUGGUGCUGAUGGGGGCUGGGACCUAUAUGUAUUUGUCUGGGUUCUUCUGGCCAGAUCCUGCCUGGACCCUGGUUGCUGUGACUUAUCUGUAAAUAAACUCCCAUAAU